AUGUCAAAGGAGAUAAAGGCUUUAGAGGACAAUCACACUUGGUCUUUGGUUACUUUGGCUCCUGGAAAAAGUCCAAUUGGAUGUAAAUGGGUAUACAAGUUGAAAUUCAAUGCUGAUGGUACUUUAGAAAGGUAUAAAGUCAGGUUGGUGGCUAAGGGUUACACACAACAAGCAGGCAUUGAUUAUGAGGAAACAUUUUCCCCUGUGGUUAAGAUGGUGAUAGUGAGAACCAUAUUGUCCAUAGCCUCAAUUCAUGAUUGGCCUUUAUACCAUCUUGAUGUUGACAAUGCUUUUUGCAAGGAAAAUUUCUACACCAUUUUGGUAUUUUACACCAAAAUGGUGUUGGGUUGGAGAUGCCCUAAUAGACAUUGUACUCAAAUUGUGGUGGUCCUAGUAUAUGUUGAUGACAUAGUUAUCACUAGUAGUAAUUUAGCCUUGAUUAAUGCUGCUAAGCAGUUGCUUCAGUCCAAUUUCAAGCUCAAAGAUUUAGGACUACUUAGGUAUUUUCUUGGUCUAGAGGUUGCCAGGUCAAUCAAAGAUAUAACUCUUUCCCAACAUAAAUAUACUUUGGAAUUGAUUUCUAGUACAGGUUUAUCUAGUGCUAGACCUUCCAUCAUUCCUCUUGACCAACAUGUGAAGUUUACUUCAUCAGAUUAUGAUAAACAGUUUGACAUUUUUGGAGACGCUUUGUUGGCAGCCUUAAAGAUUGUGAAGUAUAUAAAAUCUGCUCUCGGUUUAGGUUUGUUCUUUCCAUCUGAUAGUUCUUUAUAUCUCACUGCUUAUUUUGAUUCAGAUUGGGCCUCUUGUUUACUUACUAGAAGAUCUGUUACUGGUUUUUGUGUAUUUUUGGGGAAUUCACUUUUGUCCAGGAAAUCUAAGAAACAGAUCACUGUUUCUUGGUCUUCUUCAGAAGCUGAAUACAGGGCAAUGACCUCUGUAGUUUAUGAAAUUGUAUAG